AUGGGAUUACCACUUGAGAAUCUGCGUGGUCAAGGUUAUGAUAAUGGGAGUAACAUGAGAGGUAAAGAACAUGGAGUACAAAAGAGAGUUCUUGAUAUAAAUCCACGUGCCUUUUUCGUGCCCUGCAGUGCGCACUCUCUCAAUUCGGUUGUCAAUGAUGCUGCUAAGAGUUGCCGGGAAGCAACAGGCUUCUUCAUGUUGGCUCAACAGAUCUAUAAUUAUUUCUCUGCAUCAACUCAGCAUUGGCAAAUACUAACUAGCCAUGUACCUACCAUUACUGUUAAGCCUUUGAGUCAAACAAGAUGGGAGAGUCGGAUUGAUGCUUUGAAACCACUGAGUAGUAUAUAUGAUGCUUUAAUGGAGAUCUAUAAUGAACCACACCCACAUAAAACAAGAAGUGAAUCUCUUGUUGUAGCUAAGGGUCUUGCUGAAGGCAUUAGUAAGUUCAAGUUUGUGGUAUCCCUUGUUGUAUGGUACAACAUGCUUUUUGAAAUAAAUCUGACAAGCAAACUACUACAAAAUAAGGAAACUGAUUUAAGUUCAGCUACAAGUCAAUUACAAGUAACCAAGAAUUAUCUUGUGGGCUGUAGGUGUGAUGAUGGUUUUGAACAAGUUUUGAUAGAUGCUAGUGUGAUUGCAAAGGAGUUAGAAAUAUUACCAAACUUUGAGACAGAACACUUUAGACAAAGGAGAAAGAAAAAACAGUUUGGGUAUGAGGCCCCAGAUGAGGCUCCACAAGAUCCAAAGCAAAAAUUCAAAGUGGAUUUCUAUUAUGCUAUUUUAGAUAUGGCCAUUCAAUCUGUUGAAAAGAGAUUCCAACAACUACAACACUAUAAUUCCGUAUUUGGCUUCCUGUAUGAUAUAUACAGCAUCAACAAAAAAUGUACUGAAGAUGUACGAAAGGCCUGCAAGACUUUGGAGCAGUCAUUGACACACAAUGAAAACAAAGAUAUUGAUGCUGAAGAUCUGUGCUGUGAACUUCAAGCAGUUGCUCGAAGGCUUCCAGAGUCUAUGCCACCACAAAAAGUACUUCUCUUCAUACUACAACACAAAAUCCAGAAUAGUGUGCCUAAUGUUUUUGUUUCUCUUAGGAUCCUUCUCACACUUCCAGUGUCAGUGGCAAGUGGUGAAUGCAGUUUUUCAAAACUCAAACUUAUAAAAACACACAUACGCUCAACUAUGCUCCAAAAGAGACUAGUUGGUUUGGCAACUAUAUCAAUCGAACAUGCUGAAACAUCAGCACUUGACCUGAAGGAACUGUUAACAAAAUUUGCAAAGGAAAAGGCACAUAAAAUAAGAUUUUGAUUGGCUUGAAAUUGAAACAUUAAAGAGACUUAAAUUUCAGCAUCACAUUUAACAUUUUUCAAAGUGAUUUCUGUGCUAAAACUGUGUUCUGUUUGAGAAAAUAAAUCAGAAAUUGUUUUAUGACUUGUUUUCACAAUUUUUUAAAAAUAAAUUAACAAUUUCAAAUUCUGUGCUUUUCAUUCUUCCU